AAUGUAACUUCAUUUCUCUUCAGUCACUGACAGGUGCUUUCACUUUUUCAUGUAGGCAUUGAUACCCUUCAGCUGGAUGAGUGUUAGAAGUUUGUGAUCUCAUUUCACCAGAAUACAGAAUCUGAGAAGAUGGAGAACAAAGCCGUGGUCCUCACUAUCUACAUCGUCGCCUUCAUCAUUGGUCUUCCUUGCAACCUUCUGGCCUGCUAUUCCUUCAUGAGAAAAGUGCGUCACAGGCCGGUCCCCAUAGAUAUCCUGUUGCUCAAUUUGACCAUUUCUGACCUUUUCCUUCUGAUCUUUUUGCCCUUCAAGAUGGCAGAAAUUGCUCAAAGGUUCACUUGGCCCCUUCCUUCCUUCCUUUGCCCACUGAUAAACUUCUUCUUCUACAGCAGCAUUUAUAUCAGCACCCUGUUCCUCAUGGGGGUCAGCAUAGAGCGCUACCUGUGCAUCGCCUACCCUGUUAAGCACAAGUUGAACCGCAGACCAACCUACGCAAGAAUUGCCAGCCUCGUCUUCUGGUUUUUGGCUUGUUUCCAUUGUGGUUGCAUUAUCUUCAUCGUUCACUACCUCCCUGGAAAUCAUUGGAGUCAUGUAGAUAACGUCACUUGCUACUAUAACUUCUCCGAUAAACAGCUUGCCGUCGUCCUCCCUUUCCGCCUGGAGCUCUUCUUUAUCCUCUUCUUACUUCCUUUCUUCGUCACCAUUGCCUGCUAUGCCAACGUGAUCCGCAUCUUAAACAGCAUGCCGAACAUUAAGCCCCAGAAGAGGCAGAGAGCCAUGGGCUUAGCUGUGGCUACCUUGCUCAAUUUCACUCUGGCUUUUGCUCCUUACAAUAUCUCCCACAUUGUGGGCUUCGUGACUAAAAAAAGCCCUUCCUGGAGAACAGAGACAUUCUGCCUGACUUCCCUCAACACGGUGUUGGAUCCUGUUAUUUUCUUCUUCUCUUCCUCCACCAUCCGGAGAACACUUAGAGAAUGUUGGAUUGGCAUCUGCAAGAAACUCCGGAAUCAUACAUCGCCCUGUUGUCCAUGUUGCUGCAGGUCUUCUAAGGACAACACCAAAAAAGGUGAAGCUGGUGAGUUAUCUCUUGGAAGCAUCCCCAGUAUACUGGCAGGAUCUAGUACCCCCACGCCUUUUGCAACCCUGGAACCCUCUAUGACAUUAGACGAGUGAUCACUCAGAAAAGUCUCAUACGGAGCAGUAACGUUUGACUCCCAAGGACACCUAAGUUGAAAAGGAUCACAACACCAAAUAUAUCCAAGCGAGGGUGAACUGUGGAAAUAAUGCCUGCAGAAAUUUCACGUUGAGUGACAACAACUAAUGAUCAAAUCAUAUUUGGAAAACUUGCCUGCUGUUCCUGUCUUGCUUGUAGCAACUUUGAGUUAUUUUGACUAUCGUCAGCGAUAAGAUGACAUCUCCUUAUAGUUCUCAGAUUCUCAAGACUUUCAGAGAAUUCCAUGUUCACUUUUUUGCCAAUGGCCCGAAGAAUAAUUUGAGACUUUGUCACGGGUAAAACCAUAAUACGUAUGGAUAACCAGCUGGGUCACUGUGACAGAUUGGUUCCCCCUCAGCUGAAUGGAUACAAAGAUAUACAUUGGUAACACAAUAAUUAUUUUCUCAGAAGAGCUUUUAUGAUGCCGAUCUCCUUAAAAAAAAUUUCACUAGGUGCUUUUUUUGUCGUAAUGAGCUGGUACUGUUCAUAGCCCAAGACCAGUUAGACCAUUUUCUUCUUCUAGGACUUGAUAGCUGCAGCUCCACUUCUCUGAUAGCCCCAAAGCUUGUGAUGGACCACUAUCUCUUAAAAAUAUAUGUCCAAUAUGAUAUCUUUGUUUCAGGGGUGAAAUUCAGCAGGUUCUGACAGGUU